CUACAGCACAGUUAGCUGCAAUUUUGUUACGUUUUGCUAUCUAUCGGUAAUUAUGGAGGACAUCUUAAUCCCAGACGUUUCAAGAAUCGCGCGCCUCACCAGAAAAACCAUCGAUAGAUUCGUUUGUAUGACGGAGGCUAUUUCUGACACUGAUGAGGGACUAAGAUGUUUUGUAAAUACUUCCAAGUUGGCCAUAUGUCGGACAGUCAUGACGGAGUUGGCUACUAAAAUCUUAGAUUUUGAUGGUCUGUUUGACAUUCUGGAGAAGGUCACUUUGGCAGUGGUAGGAGACAGCCUGUCAUGUCCUUGCAGAACUCGCGAGUUACCCAACAUUACACGACAACAGGAAGAGGAUCUUCUGAAGUUCGAGACAUUCAACAAAGUCACUGUGAAGGAGCUGAAACACAAGAUAACUCUUCUUCGCUUGUUGAUCAAGAAACACAAGCAAAUAAUGGCAACUAACGAGAAAUACCUACAGGCGAGAAUCAAAUACGAGAAGAAACUGACGGCCAUUAUGUAUCGGCUUCACGGCCCCACAACGAUUAAAUCAAAGGUGAUGUUGUCUCUGCUGAAGAAGCGUGACCGGGCACAGAAAGCCUUCCUCAACGCCAGGACUGCAUUACGUAUCCAUGGCGACGUGGAGCAAAACAUUAGUGACAAGAUCAAAAUCACCAGUGACGAUAUUGUGUCCUUUAUCACAAACCAAAUCGUGGAUCGCCUGGACUAUGGCAUCGAACGCUGCCUGUAUGACGUCAUAGACAAAAUUAAACAACCGGAAGUCAAACAGAGACUACUCAAACUGACCCAACAUAUUAACAAGAAUGACAUGGCAGACAGGCUGGUGAGGCAGUGUUCAGAAACCUACGUCAUCAGGGUCAGCGUACAUCCGGGUAGUGUCAAAAACGAUGUGUGUCUGACUGAUAUCUCAAGCAGCGCUGGAAGUAUUGGCGAGUCGACAAUUGUUGAGGAGCUCAACCAUGUCAACUCUUCAAAGUGGAGAAAUCGGGCCAACUCUUCCGACAGGUGGCGCAAGUAGUUCUGGCGAAAUCAGCCACGACACGGGUUACUGUACUGGGGAUGACUGGAACAAAUUCGUCAUGGGUUUCACAGAACGUGAUGUGAAAGAGGUCAAAGUUCAGGUCAAGGAAAUACCGGACAGAUGGCUUCCUGGAUUUGUGGACAUCAAAAGAGGCAUGGAGAUUCGGCAGACGGCACAAGGGGACGACGAGGAGGUGUCGUUUGGAUACUACAGACCCAGUAGGAAGGCCCAGAAACAGUGGGGAUUCUUCUUCGUCGAUCCGACAUUGAGUCUGAUGGAACUCUACUGUCGCACACACAACUGAAUUAGCAGAUUGUCUCUAAAGUUACAAUAUAUCUGAAAGGAUGACGACGAAAACCACGAAACAAAAAAAUGUGGAAUGUACAUUUGUAUAAGAAAACAAUAAUGUUUUUCUACGAAAAUCAUAUCUAGCAAUAUUGACUUCUAAAGAAAACGCUGGGAUAUGGUUGAGCGAAAGCAUUAUAAGAUUCCAGGAUAAACCAAGUUAUGAAAAUGCACUCAAAUAAAGGACAUCAAAAAAGUACACCAAAUAAAGUACACCAAAUAAAGUACACAUAAUAAAGUACACCAAAUAUAUAUUAAUGCUAUGCAUAAUCUGAAAACCAACAAAGAACAUAUUCAAAUAGAAGGUUCCAAGAAAAUCAACGGAAUAUUCACUUCCACUUACCGAACAUAUUUCUGGCAUGUUCGAUAAUACAUGCUAGCCUUAUAUGGUAUAUACGAUUUCUAAUAUAAAUUUCAAUAUAAGGAUCGAGGACAAUGGACAAAUGUUCACCCAUUCCAUUGUAAAACAUUGGAUAUAUGUAUCCGUGAAACCGUGAAAAAAUGAGAAAUGACUCAGUUCACUAGAAGUUAACUUUCAAUUUUUUCUUAAUAUAUUUAUAAAUUGCUAGUUUAUACUAAUAGUUUAUACAAUAAACAUAUAUGUAUUACAGAAUAUAUGUUCGAAUAAAGAAAUGCAACUGUAUUGAAGAACUGCCACCUGAGUACUGGUGUAGAUCGAUAUUGUCAU